AUGGUCGUUAUUCAUCUUAUUGAUUUUAUUGAUGACAAAGUAAUAACCGAAUCAAUCACUACUUCCUAUAAUUCAAAUCAAGAAGAAUAUAAAUAUUUAAUUAAUUUAUUAAAACAUUCAAUAACCCGAAAAUUAUUAGAACCUUUUUCAUUGAAUUUUGAAAAGAUUGAAUUGAAUGGAAUGUCCCUAGGUACUUCAUCCUAUGAUAUAGUUAUAUCACCCUUCUACGAUAAAUUAAUUGUAAAUCAUAAAAAUUUAUUACAAGUUUACAAUAUAUCUUACAAUAGAUCAAAAAGAAAAGAAAUUAACUUGUCAAUGUAUUCACAAAUAACACACAAGGAUGGUGCACACUUUAGGGUCAUGAAAUUAAUGAAUGAAAGUGGGGUUGAAUAUAUUUAUGCUAGUGAUAAUAGAAAUUGUGUUACAAAAUGCCAAGUUUCAGAUUUGAUAAACGAAGGAAAACAUAACAUAAUUUGGAAAUCUGAAGAAUAUAGGAAUAUGUGGGGAUUAACAGUAUUUAAUGGAAAGGUAUAUGCCCUAGAUUAUGAUAAUGGUAUUAAAGUGCUUGAUUGUAAAAGUGGUAAAACACUUUACAGUGAAGAAAUACUUCCAACCAUUGAAAACGGAUAUGGAAUUCAUUUCUAUUCUGAAAAUGAACUUUUAAUUGGGCAUUCAAAGAAAUUGGAAUUAUUUAAAAAGAAUGAUAAUUCUUGGAUUUCAGUGAAAUGUUCAUCGUUUACAAUGCUAGACUGUUAUUCUAUUUUCAUUGAGAAUUUAUCUGAUUUGAUUUAUGUUUCUGAUAGCUCUGCAAACAAGAUACAUGUUGUAAGGAGGAAUGAUUUGUCACUUGUGAAAUCACACGAUGGGUUUCAGUCUCAAUUUGGAAUGUUAAUAGAUGACAGGAAUGGAUUAUUAUAUGUAUGUGAUACAUUUGCUCAUCAAAUACGCGUUUUUAAAUAA